UUCGUCAUCUCGGCUAAUGUGUGUCGUCAUGACCCUACCCGGGGUCAUCCUCUCGACACUAGUCCCCGAAGCUGCUGCGGUCCGGCAGGGAAGAAUGUCGGGCCACGACAGUUUCGCACACACAAACCAUCGAAGCUCAUCAGGGCUUAGCCGAAAAGGAUGCCGAGACAACCCCGAGUUCUUCUUAGCCGAGAUCAAGUCAUUCCGACAUACCGAGUCGGCGCGCUUAUUCAGCCUUGAGCCGAGAUUCUUUUCUCCUUCAUGGCCGACAGUAGAAAACUCGUUUUUGCCGACAUUAGUGCCACCUGUCGCUUAUACUCCACGCUCUGCUUAAAUAACGGGAAGAUAAGGCCCGAAGUGCCGCCGGCGCGUCUUUUAAGGCGGCGCGUCGUCCCAUCGGACAAUAUAACUGACAAGCAAUUAAGAGAGGAAUAUCGGUUCCCACGCGGAUCCUUAUACUCCCGGAUCCGAUGGGAUUUACUGCGCCACGCAGCGCAGUAACCGAGCGCGUGCGCGUUAAUGGGGUUGAUUGCCCCCAUGAUCGUGCGCGACUCUUCCGUUGGCCACAGGGAUCGUGGGUGCGGAAGAUCCGCGCCCCAUUAGUUGCGCUGCGGGUAUAAAUAGAGGGAGCGGGCGACGGUGAAAACCCUUUGCACUCCCCCAUCCUUCUCGCUCUCCUCUGCUCCUUGCGCACUCCGCCAUUGCUGCUAGCUCCAAGCUCUUCCGCCCCCGCACUUCUUAACUCCCAGCAACCGAGCUCGCCGCCGCAUACCCACGCGCGCUCGCUUAGCUCUCCGCCGUCGUUUCCUUGCUCGCUCGGGCCUUGCGCCACCACCUUCUCGCCAUAAGGUCUAAAACUAGAUCUAGUUUCCAACAAUGGCCUCUUCGUCCCGCGACGCCGCCGUCGACCCUGCUACCCAGCACCCGGAGGAGGAGACGGGCUUGGAGCGAGCUGGCUGGGAGGGCUCCGACAUCUCCCCGGCGGACAUCGAGUGGCUCCGCCGCUCCCGGCGGAUUCCAGAAGAUGUGGAGUGCCGGAUCCCCGUCGAUGAGAUCGUGCUGGCACCCGAAUCUGGUGAGCACGUUGUUUUCCUCGCUCACUUUGAACGCGGCUUUGCUCUCCCGGCCAGUGAUUUUACUAGAAAGUUCCUAGACUUCUUUGGCCUUCAGCCGGGUGCACCUUCCGGCAAACGCCAUCCUCACUCUCGGCGUUUGUCACUUGCUGUGAGGCCUAUCUCGGCCUCUGGCCUUCCAUCGACUUUGUGGGCCAAAUACUUUAUGUUCCGGCCCCAAGUUUUUGCCGACAAAGAGAAUCCCGGCGCCGCCAAGCCCAUGACCCAGUGCGCCGCCGCCACAGUUAUACCUCGCCGAGGUUCGGCUUUCCCUAGGAUCCAGGGUAUUGAGUCCUGCAAAAAAUGGCUCAAGACCUUCUUCUAUGUCAACUCCUCCGACACCGACAAGAUCAACUUGCCGGGAUUCAUAGUCGGCCCUCCGAAGGAGAAGAACUCGAAGUAUGAUCCGAAGGACACCCUUCCCGAGAUCAACGAGAUCCACGCCGGCAUCCUCGAGCUCAAGGCAGGAGGCAUGACGGCUGAUGACUUGCUGCCCACCUUUGUGUACCGGCGGUUGUGCCCGCUCCAACGCCGGACGCACAAGAUGUGCUUCUACGGCUGUCAGUUUGACCUGAACCGGGUGUCCACCGUCCGGCUUGACCAAGCUGAAGUCCAGCGCCGGGUCAAGUCGAUCGCGAAGACGAGUAUGCCGGAGCGCCGGGAAUGGGGUAUGCCGGCGUACAGCUGGAAGCACCGUCCGCCUCCGAGGUUCACCGUUCAGCGCAACGAAGACGGGAAUUCCUCGGACAAGCGCUUUGGGAGCCAACGCAGGACGAUCGAUCAUGAAGAUCCUGAUUCAGAGGAUCACGUGCCGAUCGCUCAUGCCGACCCUCGCUGCACCGAAGCUGCUGCUGCGGCGCCGGCCCGUGAAAAACGCGGAGCCGAGAAGGACCUUCCGCGAAGUCUGAAGCAGAAGAAAGUCGUCUCUCGUGGGCCAAAGCCGAAGCCCAUGACCGUUGGUGAGGACGGAAGUCUGCUUUGUGGAUAUUCUAGUUUUAGAGGGCGCAGAGAAAGAAUGGAAGACUUGUACGACAUAAAGUCAUCUAAAAUUGAUGCUAAUAAAAUAAACCUCUUUGGAGUAUUUGAUGGCCAUGGUGGUUCACAUGCUGCUGAGUAUCUCAAGCAGCACUUAUUUGGAAACCUCCUGAAACAUCCAGCUUUCAUUACUGAUACAAAAUUGGCAAUAAGUGAGACAUAUAAGAAAACUGACUUGGAUCUCUUGGAUGCUGAAACCAAUAUUAAUAGACAGGAUGGGUCAACUGCAUCAACGGCAAUUUUUGUUGGCAAUCAUCUCUAUGUGGCAAAUGUUGGCGAUUCACGGGCUGUAAUAUCAAAGUCGGGCAAAGCUAUUGCUCUCUCUGAUGAUCACAAACCAGACAGAAGCGACGAGCGGGAACGGAUUGAGAAUGCUGGUGGAGUUGUAACAUGGAGUGGAACAUGGAGGGUAGGUGGUGUACUUGCGAUGUCUCGGGCAUUUGGUGAUCGUUUGUUGAAGCAGUUUGUUGUUGCAGAGCCUGAGAUUCAGGAACAAGAAAUAGAUGAUGAAUUGGAAUAUCUAAUUUUGGCUAGUGAUGGGCUGUGGGACGUGGUGUCAAAUGAGCAUGCUGUUGCAUUUGUGAAGGAGGAGAAGGGCCCUCAGGCCGCAGCCCGGAAGUUGACAGAUAUCGCUUUUGCCCGUGGGAGUACCGACAAUAUAACAUGCAUUGUUGUAGAAUUUCACAGUGAUAAGACGAGCAGUUCGCCCUCGUCAGCUGACCAAAGUUGAUUCCAUUUGUUCUAUUUUCUUGUUUCCUUCUAACUUAUUCUGGCACCUAUCAUGGUGCAGGUCGAAAUCAAAUUUUGGCUCAUUGAUUGUUUAUAUAUUUCUCCAUGCAUAGCUUUAGUGGCUUGCUUUGCUGUUUUCUAUGUUCCUUACUCCCAAGGGAUCCAUACUCCCAAUCAAUCAGCUCGCCAAUUUGAGUUUGCAUUGCUGUGAAA